UCACUCACUGUGACAGUGCCAAAGCAAGCAGAGAACGCAAGAAGGAGGGGUAGAGAGAGGAAAGCAGAAGCCUUGAGAGCGCUGGAGGAGAGACUCGUAGUGACAGAAGGGUCAGAGGGAGCGGUACAGAGAGGAAGGAAAAGAAAAAAGAAUGAAGGGCUGAAAAAGAAAAAGAGAUGGAAGGAUGGGAGAAAGGAAGAAAGACGCAAAUGUAGCAGCGAAAUCUCCAGAACUGGACAGACACGUCUAAAGGCAGGAAAGAAGAUAAACGUGGAGUAACUAAUACACGGCGUGUGUUCGUGUGAGGCAUCGUGACUGACGGAGAUUGCGUGAUGCCCUACUGGUGGAUUAUGAAAGAUGAAAGUAAGGACGAGUGUGUUUUAGAGUAAGUCUUGAGCCAGGGUGAGCGUAAAGUGCAGGGGCAUCCAGGGUCAGCGUGGAGUGAAGUGAAGUGAAGCUUCGGUUCACGCUUUCAUCACAUACUCUCUCAUCAUGGGAUUUCAGAAGCUCUCCUUCAAGAAGACCUCAUAGUAGGUCCUUCUCUUUUUCACUUCCUCCUGUUGCUGCUCAACUCAACUCUCAGAGAGACACACAGAGAGAAAGAGAGAACGAGUCUCGUGGAUCCUGAGGAGCUCUGAGGAGCGUCGAGGCAGUACGUAGUAGUCAGUGGAUGCCUCCAGUAUCCAGCCAUGGGGGAGUGGACCAUCCUCGAACGCCUCCUAGAGGCUGCUGUUCAACAGCACUCGACUAUGAUUGGGAGGAUUCUACUGACGGUGGUGGUGAUCUUCCGGAUCCUCAUUGUAGCCAUAGUGGGAGAGACGGUGUACGAGGACGAGCAGACAAUGUUCCUGUGCAACACCCUUCAGCCCGGGUGCAACCAGGCCUGCUACGACAAGGCCUUCCCCAUCUCGCACAUCCGCUACUGGGUCUUUCAGAUCAUCCUGGUGUGCACACCGAGUCUAUGCUUCAUCACCUACUCCGUGCACCAGUCAGCGAAACAGCGCGAUCGCCGCUAUUCCUUCCUCUACCCGAUCAUGGAAAAGGACUACACCCGGGAAGGCACUCGGAAAGUCCGUAACGUCAACGGCAUCCUGGUGCAGCACCCAGACAGCGGCGGUGGCAAAGAUGAACCUGACUGCCUAGAGGUCAAAGAGAUCCCUAAUGUAGCACGUGGUAUCACCCACAGCAAGAGCUCCAAAGUACGUCGACAAGAAGGUAUUUCUCGAUUCUACGUCAUCCAGGUGGUGUUCCGAAACGCCUUGGAGAUCGGCUUCCUGGCAGGCCAGUACUUCUUGUAUGGCUUCAGCGUACCAGCCAUUUUUGAGUGUGAUCGCUAUCCAUGCCUAAAAGAAGUGGAGUGCUAUGUUUCGCGCCCCACCGAGAAGACAGUCUUCCUGGUGUUUAUGUUCGCCGUGAGCGGGAUCUGCGUGGUGCUCAACCUGGCCGAGCUCAACCACCUGGGCUGGAGGAAGAUCAAGACGGCCAUACGGGGUGUCCAGGCACGGCGCAAGUCUAUCUGUGAGAUCCGGAAGAAGGACAUGGCUCACCUGUCACAGCCUCCUAACCUGGGCAGGACCCAGUCCAGCGAGUCGGCUUACGUUUGAGCUUUCAAACAAAGUCAGGGGGUUGAAGGUUUGAUAGUAACGGAUAAGGAGUAGCCUUACCAAACCACACCCCAUUUCCACCAACCACUCCAUUCCCAUGUGUUAGAUAGUGUUGUGAUGUUGCAUGAGAAAGACGAUGGGGAGAGAUUCUGUUUCUGGAGAGUCUCAAGGAUAAAUACGAGGGCUGGGAGAGGACAGAAGAGCGGAAGAGCCGUCAGGGAAAGGUGACAGACUUCCACAUACAGGAACGACAAUGUCUUGGAUCACCUUUUAACUACUUUGUAGGGGAAAAAAAAUAAUAAAUUGCACGAGAAAGCAGGAGAGCGUCGUUCCUGCGCUGGAUCAUAGUCAUGGAAGAAAAUGACUGUUUAUGCUCGGUUUUGUCAGUGAGUCAUGCUAAAGAAAACAAUGGGGGUGUCUAAACAGAUAUUUAGCAGAUAUUUGCUUCUUCGCUCCUUUUCUUCUCUCCCAGUCUACUUCAUGUAAACUACAUGAUGGCACCUUUAUAUCACAGCGUCCUACACCAGGAUGUUCUUUCUCUCUGUUUCAGUCUUUUAUCCCUACAUAUCAUAUCAUAAAGAAGAGAAUGAGAAGAGAAAAGUGCACAAAGAAAAGAGUAAAAAAAAAAAAAGAAGCUUAUUAUAUUAUACUUUAUGAUACUAUUUAGUGCCAUGAUUUUAAAUGACUUUUACAGCUAUAUCUAUAUAAAUAUAUAAUUCGAUAUUUAGUUACCAAAUCAUCAUAAACGUAGAAUGAGUUAGCUUUAUCCGGAGAUAAAGUAAAGCUUUUCAUCAUAAAGUUAUUCUGAGAUUUACUAUAUACAAAUGGAAGUUUUUUUCUUUCCGAAACUUCAUUUCUACAAAAAAAAAGGGGAGGGGGGGGGAGAUAUUGUAAAGGUAUGACGUUGAAAAAGGCAUGUUUACAAAGCACACCCUGUUGUGCAGACGAAAUGUGUUUGUUUUGUUGUGAGGGAGCUUUUCUUAUCUGACGAUUAGCUUUUGUCCGUCCGUGGCGUGUUUUGAACUGCAUGCCUUUUACAAGAAAAGAAAGAGAGGAAUCAUGCAUGUACACGUUGCACCUUGUUUAUCAGAGAGAGACGGGGGAGAGAGAGCGGCUAAGAGAGAGAGAGAGAGAGAGAGAGAAACUCACUCUGGGAAGGGGUCUGCUGAAAAUGCUCUUACAGCAAGAUUUCGUUUAGUUCACUAGCCAAAGAGACAAGAGCGUAGAGGACAUGGAGGCAGCCUUGAGGGUUACGUCUAUAAGAAGUGACACGCACAAGCUCGACUGCUCUAAAGAGACUUCUUAGCCUUUAGUGGAGAUAAAGAUGGAAUGGAAUGACAAUACUCAAGAUCAUGUUUUAGUGUCCUUACGUAGAACUGAGUACAUUUAAUGUCUUUCUAUAUAUAUAUAUAUAUAUAUAUAUAUAUAUAUAUAUAUAUAUGUGUGUGUGUGUGUGUGUGUGUGUGUGUGGUCUGAGCCAUUCCCUUAGGUUAAAACAAGGUGUCCCAUAUCCAUGCACACACCCACACACACACACUCAGAGCCAAUAUUUCAAUGAGGCACAAUUAGGUCUAUAUUAUCAACACUCGAGCAUAAGUGCUUGAGCAUGGACUCCACAGAUAGUGAGAGCUAUAGCGAAGGCGUGGAGACAAACCACAGACUGACGGAAAACUGCCAGGAGAAAGUCAGAGGGAAAAAAAAAAAAAAAAAGAACGAGAGACAGACAGUCACAUGUUCUUUUUCUGGUGUGUCAAAUACACAAGCUUCUUUGAAAAAAUCUGUUUAGGUUUGGAGCAACAAAAGCUGCGAUCCAGCCAUAACUCUGCUCAUGUUUCAGCUCGUGAUCUGCAGCCUGGAGAAGGUCGAGGUGCACGACCUACUUUAAUUAAACUACUGAAAUAAAUGUGAUUAAAAAGGCUUCCUGUUUCUCCUGCAGCCGUUAAACCAGAAUUGGUUGAGAAUCAAUACAAUGAAAAGUAGAUUUCUUUUCUUGCAUGAUGACAGAUUUGAAGCGAAUUUGACUCACAUUUUAGUAAAAGCUGGAAAAAAACAAGCUCUUUUCUGUUAAAUGAUGCGGAAAAGAAACAGACCAAUUAUUUAAAGCCAAGAAUUACUGUUCCUUCUUCAUCAGAACAACAGGUGAGAAAACGCAGGGCAGCUAACCUUACUGUCUAUUCCGAGCACCUUAUUGACUUUAUUGUUCUCUUUCAUUCCUUUAUGCCCGUAAUUGAAGGACGUUACACUUCCAGCCAGACAUGCCAUCAGCAACCAACCAACCUACCAGUAAUUGGGCUAUUAUGAGAAAAGCAUUAAAGUCUAACCAGCUGCUUCCCUAAGUGAGCUUUUCUUCAGCUGAUUGUGAUUAAAGCCAAUACCUCUCCUCGGUCUCUUCUUCUACUACCUUUAUGAGUGUUUUAAAUACAAAAAGAAAAGCAGAAUUUAUGCAAAUACGGUACUAUUUUUUUCUCCCCUUUCUUUUGGCUUGUGUAUUGAUGUUCUGUGUACUUUCAUUCUUGAGGUGUUUCCCCUAAUCUGGUCUUCAGGAACCACCAGAUGGUCCAGAUCUCUGCUCUCUCUCCCUCUCUUUCCCUGAGCUUCUGAAAAUAUGGCCGAAGCCAGACAAUGAUUGACUUUUUUGUUUAUCAUAUUGGCAGUCGCUCUUAUCCAGGGCUUUGUUGAGUUGUAGGAAAUCAUACAUGCCCUUAUGCUAGUGCAGAUUGGAUGAAGUCUAAAGAUGCCAACACAUCAACACCCAAUUAUGGGUCAGGAUUGAAGUACUUUUUCCAUAUAAAGUGUUAAUCAUAUAAAAGCGCUCGUAAGUCUGCAUUUAAUGAAAUUAAGCCAUUUGAACACUUCACUCCCAGCAGGGUGCCAGUAAAAAAAUCUGGAUGCUUGUCUUUCUUGUCUGUUAAAGCAGGAUCGUCCUUGGGUUUAGGGUAUUUAAGGCAAUUUGAAAUAAAUGUCGACAGAAAUUUGGAUGGAGACACGAGUUUAUGUCUUCACAUUAAAAUCGUCUUAUUUUUAGCCAGAAAAGAAAUAUGAAGCAAGGUUAAGCAUCAUAAUGUGACAGUUACUUGCAUAUCUGGGCUUUAGUAAGCAAGGAAUUUUAUGCAAAUGGACUAUUACGGGAUACAGUAUUUCUAAUACCCCUGGCCUAUGUCUAGAGGAAAUGAUAGUGCUGGGGGGUGUGGUAGCUUAGUGGUUAAGAGGUUGGACUACUGAUUGGAAGGUCAUGAGUUCAAAUCCCAGGUCCACCACGCUGCUGGUCACCUGAGCAAGGCCCUUAACCCUCAGUUAUAAUAAAUCUGAGAUAAAUUGUAAGUCACUCUGGAUAAGGGCGUCUGCCAAAUGCCACAAUAGAGUGUAGUGUCUGUAAAAUAAUGUCGCCAGACUGUAAAAUAAUCACCAGACUCUUUAGCAAAAGAAUAUGUAGUCAAACUAGUAGAGAGAAGAAAUAAACUUCCACUACUUGGAGGUUUGCAGAAGGCCUGAUUUUGGGAAACACUUCAGUACUGUAAAGUGGAGUGAUGUUAAGAGGUUUGGGGCAUUUGCAUUAAGAAAAGAGGUUAAUAUGCCUGGGGAGUGGAAAUAUAGAUUUAUAUCUAUCUAUAUAUACAUAUAUAUCCCUCACCGAAGUACUGUAAUAUGCAACUUCAUUCUUGAAUUGGAGUUAUAAAUGAUAUUUAUAGGCUUGGAUACAUGCAUGCUUUAAAGGAAUGUGGCUGGAAUUUUGUAAUUUAUUUUAUAAGAAAAAAAGAGUAGCGCUACUUGACAGCAGACUUUCAGCCCUGCUCUGUUAGUGAGGAAAAAGUAAACCAAUUGAAUCUUGAUCUUGACAACUAAUUAUGCACAAAGUGCAAUAUUAUCAUUUGAACAAAAAGAAAAUUUCUGUACGUGCUGUGUAUCAAAAUGUUUUUGAUUUUAGUUUUUGAUUUAUUUAUUUAUUUAUUUUGGAGAAUUGUGGUGUUUCCGGGAAAAUGAUUGGACAUUUUGUCUUGUCGCAUCAUGUCUAUAGCCCCUCACUGCCACAGUGUUUUAUAGGAUUGGUUUUUAUGUUGUUUUCAUCGAUCUUUCCGAGACAUAAUUGAUGUGUUUGUAGCCAAGAUCUGAGCGUUCGAUCGACACUAGAAACCUUAAUCACUGCCACUGGUCGGUCCUUUGCUUUUGAAGCGAGGAUGUUUUCUACUAUAACAGAAGGUCAUAAUGUCGAUGAAGCGCCCAGAGAAAGUAGUGGACCAGCGUUAAUGUCUACUGCACAUGCAAAAAAUGUCUCAGGUAUGUUGAUUUUUGUUUUUUGUUUUUUUGUAACCUGACACUCGGAGCGGUACAUCGUUUUUACUCUUUCUACAUUUAAUACUUGGAUGGAGUACUUAUAAUACUUAAAUGGAUCUUAGUAAAAAAAGCCAUUUGGGAUUGUACCCACUUUUUUUUAAGUUGUUACUGCCCAAUUGUAAGACCUGUAAUCUCUACGUUGUGCCGCAUGUAUUGAUGCAUUCAAAGACAAACAAAAAAAAUUUUUUUUUACUUUACUUUCAGCCAUGCCAAGGGACAGUGAUGUUGAAUAUGACUGUUCAAACACCGGUGUUUUAUAGGCACACACAGCACAUACGAUGCGAAGUCUACAAUCUUAUACUGCCACGUAUUAAUCCCUUUAAAAAAGGACAUCACGGUGUACUAAUGUGCUCUCUCCGUGCUCAUGCAUCCGACUACACCAAGCUCAAUCUGGCAUGUAGCCUCAGUAAAAGCUAUUAAAUCACGCAGAUUUCCUCGCUGUUUACGUUCGCUGGGUUGGCGCUGGGUUCUUGGUAAAAAAAAAUCUUUCCUCUUAAGCAGAUCCAAAACAAGUAAAACCUGGUGACAGAAUGGUGGGCAUGGAGAGAGUCAAUACUCAAAAUCAGGGUUCUUUAUAGUAACCAGGGUAGCAACGCAAUUUUCGAUCACUGCCUCCUAAACAAGCCGUUGUUUUGAUUCCAUGUGUAUCUCAGCAUACUACACCUCUAACACUGGUGUUGAGCAUUGAUCUACUAACAUAUUCAACGAUAGCAGACUUUAUAAAGAUAUAUCUCAGCAAGGCCAAUUCAUACUAUUUUUACGUGAGGGCUAAAUAACAGCAAGGUCGCUAAACAAUCGCUUUUAGCGUUAAUUAAUAAACGAAACCAAUCAUAAUAUCCGUAAGAAGUGCUAACAUUCUUUGAAACUUGGAUUCUUAGAUUCUGUCAAGUCUUGACCCUUUAACAGAUUAGUUCACGGCAACAAUUCUUUUUUGCAAUGCUGGCAUUCAUUAAGAGUCUUGAAGUUGCUCAUCAAAUUCCUAAAAAGACAACUUCAAUCAGAGAAGGUACAAAGCCAUAAUCAAACUUUAAAAGCCACUCUGUAAAUUCAUUUACAUUUUUUCCCUCUAUUUUCUUCUCAGUUUGGUCACUGGGUACCAAACGGAGAGUGCAAAGGCUAACACAUGAGACACCAACUGCAUCUUUUCAAGCCUUUGCUAAUGUAACACACUCAGAGGAAAGUGCUGUCUUCCUCAUGAGCUUACAGACACCCAGGAUUGGCUAGUUUUGCUGUGAUUGACAUGGCAGAGAGAGUACGUCACCCUUCCCUCAAGAGCGCACAGCCAGUUUAGCUCCUUCGGCUCUCAGCUACAGUCAGGUUUUAACGCAGUUCUCAAUCAGUUAUCUGUCACUGCUGGGCCCUUAAACAAGGCUCUUCUGCUUCAGGGCGGAUGUAUCGUAGCUGAUCUUGCCCUCUGACUCCAAAUUCAUAAGCUGGGACAUGUGCAAAAAAGGAUUUCUCUGUGUUUUGAAAUGACUACGUGAUGAAUAAAGGCUUCUUCUUCUUCUUAGGAUAAUAUAAAUCAAUGGAGGCCAUUUCAUCCACAGUGUGCAGGAUGUUGUAGCAUUGCUUCCUAACAGCUUCAGGGUUCCUGACGUUAGGUUACUCUCUGUAAAGACUUUUGGAAAGAUGUUCUGCUGAUCCUCUGGUUUUCACCUAAUUCUCAUUCAUGAGUCAUGAAGGAUCCAGUGCUUAUAGUGGAAAUGUGGGGCACGAGGCAGGAAUACACACUGGAGGUACUUCUGUGCCAGGAAGUAGGUUGCCUACUGUAAAGUGAACGAGUGUGAAAUUGUGUAUGUUCACCGUGUCAUGAAAAGGACCGGAAUCUCGUUCAGGGUGUAUUCCAGCCUCGUGGCCUUCAUUUCCCGCUAUAGUCUCUGGAUGACCUUGACCGUGAAUGUGAGUAAAAAAACCUGAUGGCAACCUUUACUGCAAUGCAUUUAGCAUUCAAGCCUUUCUCAUGCUGUUUUUCUUUAUUCACAAAUUAUGAAGAGAAAUGAAAGGGGGUGGGGUCAGACGAGGUAGAGAGAACGCUUGUCGCAAUUUGCCCCACAGGCAGCCCAGGGAUCAAACUGCUCCUGUAAGAGCAUUUAAAAGAUAUUGAGACUUUAAGAAUCCAAGAUUUGGACUUUUUCCCCUAAAGCCAUAUAAAGGAAAAAAAGCUGGUGUUUAUUUUGUAUGCAACUUAUUGCACUGGCAUUACAGCAUCAUUAACACCAUGUUUCAGGAAGAAAUACAAUCUGUGCUAACAAACACUAUGGCUUCGUGUUGGAACCAGGAAUUUUACUGGUGAUUGUGAAUAUGUAGCAUUUUAAGGUUAGCCUGCAACCAAGGCUGUUAUGUCAUGAUUUAUUUAUAAAUAGGGGUUUGGAUUUGUGUACAAUUUCUAGCUUCGGGUUGGAAUAACAUCGUCGUCAUACUAACGUGCACAAAACUCGACAAAAAUAAGAGUGGUACUUGUCUUCACCGUCUUAAGCUGCCGCAAAAAGAAACGAAAAAACACUUCUAUCUUUAGCCAAGAAGUGAAACUGUCACAAACAGCUGUAAAAGUGGCAGCCUGCUGUACUUGUUAAUACAGACGCAGCUGUGCUUUUACUCUUCACACUCUUCACAUGCCGAAAACAUUCAGGUUUGCUGAGCCAUCUGACACA